UGGAGGGAACUGCCUGAUGAAACCUUAUCGACUGGUAGUGAAGAGCAGCGUCGACUAUUGUUAAAAUAAACCGUGAUCUUCCGUCUGCGAGGGCGAGAGUGAGACAAGAGGACGAAAAACCGUUUUCUCUGUUUGUUUAGAGAAAAUAAUACUAUAUAAGCAAAGUUGAACAACUCUUUCAUAUUUAAGCUAUAUAGUUAUUUAUCUAUCUUAUCUGUGUGAAGAUGAACGGGGUAACGCGAAGUCUGUGUACAUUUGAGGACCUCAGAGCUGAUGAGAGAACAGCGGAUGGGUGCAGGAGACUGAGGCUGACUCUCCACCAGCAGAACCAGGUCGGGAGGAUCACAGAACAACCCAGGAGCAAGCCAAUCGGACGAGCGUUUGCUCUGGUGCAGCCAACCAGUGAUAGGCCUGCUCUGAAGCCUGAACCAAUCAAACCCUCUGAGGAGAAGACUGAAAAGGUUGAGGUCAUCAAGGUGUAUCUGGAGGAUCGUAGACAGGAGCAGCAGAGACACCAGCAGAGCCUCAAGAUGUUGUCAGAUGAAGUCUCCCAGAUACAGGAGGUGAGAUAUUGUCUGAAGACCCUGAGGGAACAGAUGGCAACCAAGAACAAAGGACAACACAAGUUUCUUGCUAGUGGCUACAGAGUCAGCACUCUCUCCAAUCAGAACAUCUCUUCUUCCUCAAAGGGAGGAGCUAAAGAUGAUGGGCAGGGAGGGGAGGAUGAGGUGGAGAGGGACAAGAUGAGGGAGGUCAGUAAGCGUCUGUAUGCUCAGCUACAGGAGGCCGAGAAGAAACACCAGGAGGAGAGAGAGAGACUGCAGACUGAGGGUGUGGAUCUGCGCCAGCGUCUGGGGGAGCAGGAGGAGAAGCUGAAGGGGGUGGAGGAGAGUAGUGAGAGGAAGGACCAGAGGAUUGAGGAGCUCCAGAGGCUGCUGGGAGGCAUGGCGCAGGAGAGCCAAGCCCUACGAGACACGCUGAGGAACAGAGAGGAGGAACUCAGAGAAUUACGCAAGAUCAGAGAGGAGGGCAGGAACGAGGAGCAGAGGUCAGAGCAGUUGGAGAAGGAGCUGGCCAUCCUGAAGGAGAAGAUCCAUCAUCUAGAUGACAUGCUGAAGAGCCAGCAGAGGAAAGUCAGACACAUGAUCGAACAGCUGCAGAACUCUCGUAUGGUGAUCCAGGAGAGGGACCGUGUCAUCAGAGAUCUGGAGGAGAAGGUGGCUUUCCUGGAGGCAGAGAAUCGGGAGAUGCAUGAUCAGAUGGACUACUUCCUGGGAGGUGAAAGGUCAAACUCGCACCUCUCAUCAGACCGCCACGCCCAGAUUGUCUAUAGUAAGCCUUUGAAGCCCAGCAACUCGUCCAACAAGCCUCUUCCCUUCAUCAAAAUCAUUGAGACCAAGUCCUGAACUGGGAAAGCGAGGGAGAAGGGCUGACCUAACGACACCAAACCUGCUAAGCUAAACAACAACGGACUGAAAUAGACCACCACCACAUUACUACCACACCAACAUCACAGUGCAUGUAUGAAGUUUAAACUGAGGUGACCACAUCAACUACCCAAUAUGCAAUGUGUGUGUGUCAGAGGAGGCUGGUGGGAGAAACUAUAGAAGGAGGGGCUCAUUGUUUUUUUUAACCUUUUAUUUAACUAGGCAAGUCAAUUAAGAACAAAUUCUUAUUUUCAAUGAUGGCCUAGGAACAGUGGGUUAACUGCCUGUUCAGGGGCAGAAUGUCAGAUUUGUACCUUGUCAGCUCGGGGUUUGAACUUGCAACCUUCCGGUUACUAGUCCAACGCUCUAAACACUAGGCUACCGUUCCGCCCCAUUGUAAUGUCAUGGAACAGUCAACUGUUCCCAUAUGUUUGCUGUGUUUCAUACCGUUACAUGUAUUCCUCCUAUAGCUCCUUCCACCAGCCUCCUCGUGUGUGUGUGUGUGUGUGUGUGUGUGUGUGUGUGUGUGUGUGUGUGUGUGUGUGUGUGUGUGUGUGUGUGUGUGUGUGUGUGGUUUUGGAUUGUGUAUGGACGUUGAUGUAGAUAUACUUAUAGAGUUGAUUCUCAAUAGAAGUCUAUUUAUUCAUAGCAGACAGAUUAUUCUUUCUAGCCCAGUGUCAUAAUCUAUUGUCAUCUGUUGAAGUCCGUCUGAAGGACUUUACUACUGACAGAGAGGACCAGAGACGGUGUGAUAGCAGUGCCCUGUGGUUAGUAAGGGUCUGAUAACAGACCGAGUCUUUGGCCUCAGAGAGGAGGCAACCAUGCCAGGCUGGGCCAUAACAGAGAAAUAAAAUGGCCGAUGAGUGAGAGGGGGAUCGAAGAGAGAGAUGGGAGGUAAGAAAUCUGUGUUAAACUAAUCAGAACACAACCAGUUUGUCUUUUUUUUUACCAUGGCACCAAGGCAGGAUAGAGUGAGUGUUGCUACACUAUAUAGGUAUUGGAGAAGCAGAAAGACAUUAAGGAUAGAGGAUAUAGUUUUCAAUCAAACUCUUCUGUAAACCAUUAACCUACUUCCUGUGUCUGUGGCCUAGAGUCCACUGUUAGAAUCCUCUUUAUUUGACACCUGAAAGGGAGGAAGACAAUCUUUGACUUUUUGUAAAUAUACUUAUGGUCACGUAACGGCCACAGUGAUGUGUCAUGGUUUAUACAAAGUUAUGAAGGCCAUGUUUGUUAUUUUGUUCGUUGAGAAAGUGGGUCUAGUAUGUGUGGAUUAGAAGUCCCCUCACCAAUACUGAUGUCACUUUAAAGUCUAAAGGAAAUGAAGAUGAUUCAUUCUGACAAGUACUUACUAACCUUGCUAGAAGUUGACAUUAUCCACAUUUCUGCAUGAUUUCAGUUACCUGACGUUUCAUCCACCAUCACCAGCUUUGUACAUAACUAUAUUUAUUUGUUUAUGUGGUGUUCUUUGAUGUCCCUGUAGUCUCACUCUGGGAUUUGUUUGUUAGUUUUAUCCUUCAGACAUGAAUGUUUGGCCUGACACUUAGUGUGUGACAAUCAUCUUUAUGUAUUUAUGUGAAAAUACAACUUUCAUUUUAGGGAAAACAUUUUCAGUAGACAUUUUAGUGUGUUAACAACAUAUAUAGUUUGUGUUUUAGUUAUUUUAAUAAAUAUAUGAAAAUA